AAGUUCGUCCGCAAAUUGCUGACCAGUCAACCUUUAGACAAGGAGCAGCCGCUCGCAGGAGCGGUGAUUUGCUUUACAGCGGUCACUUUAGAAUAUAGGACUCAACUCUUAAACAUUGCGAAGGAAAUGGGCGCAACUGAACGACCUGACCUCACCUCCGAAGUAACACAUCUCCUCGUCGGAGCAACCGAAUCCGCAAAAUACCGAUUCGUCGCACGCGAACGAAACGACGUUGCUGUGGUCCGACCAGAAUGGAUCGAGGCGGUGCGCAAAUCGUGGGUGCUGGAUGAGGAUACCGACAUUCGCGCCCUGGAGAUUGAAUACAAACUACCUACGUUCUUCGGCCUGACGCUAUGUAUUACUGGAUUCUCGGAUAUGGGUCUUCGCACAAAGAUGCACGACACUUCCGUGGAGAAUGGGGCGGAGUUCCGGAGAGACUUGACCAAGAGCGUCACCCAUCUCGUUUCGCGGACUGCUGAAGGAGAGAAAUACAAAUUUGCGACACAAUGGGGAAUAAAGGUUGUCAGUGAAAGGUGGUUCUACGACUCAAUUGAGCGCGGGAUGAUCCUAGACGAGGAGAAAUACCAUCCACUGGUGCCGUCAGAGGAACAAGGCGUAGGGGCAUGGAAUCGAUCCUCGCUCAUAUCACCGAGCAUCUUAAGAAAACAAAAAUCUGCUCCAAAUGGGGGCUCGGUUGAUACACGACCACGAAAAAAGCUACGCAGGACCGCAAGUACCAAGCUGGCUGGUCAAAACGAAAACAUAUGGGGUGAUAUCAUUGGUGCUGGCUUCCUGAAUAACGACACGACUGAUUCAGUCAACAACGAGGACGAAGAUGGCGAUUCACCACCUCCGAAACCUGUCUUACAAGCUGCCAAAUCUUUCGCGAGCGAGUCGGUCUUCAGUCAAGCCGCAGCAUCGGAAGCAGCGAAAGUGCCCGAAGGCUUCCUUGGGGGGUCAUAUUUCUAUCUUCAUGGAUUUUCUCCCAAGCAGAUGGGAGUAUUGCACCGCCAUCUCGGGUUCAAUGGAGCUCAAUGCGUAGCAUCUUUAACCGAAUUCUCUCGCCCAAGUAUCCCGAAGACAGGCCACGGUCUAUACAUUAUGGUGCCAUAUCAGACUCUCAAAUCGCAAAUUUCAUCAACAGAAGACAUGGCAUUUGAAUGUGAGGUCGUCACGGACAUGUGGCUAGAAAAAUGUUUGCAUGCACGAGCACUGGUUUCGCCAGAAUCCCACGUUGCUAGCACACCUUUCCCUAGAUUUCCGAUUCCAGAAUUUUCAGGAAUGCGAGUAUGCUCCACUGGAUUCAGUGGCAUUGACCUUCUUCAUGUAUCCAAGCUGGUUGAUCUAAUGGGUGCCUCUUAUGAUGAAGUGCUUACGCCGCAGGCCACGAUCCUGGUUUGCUUCGACCCUCAAACUGCAAGUCAGAACAAGUUACGCCAUACCAGAGAAUGGAGAGUCCCAGCAGUAUCCGCAGAAUGGCUUUGGAGCUCAAUUCGGACUGGCCAAAAGGAGCCAUUUGAACCAUAUUUGGUUCAAAAACAGACUUCUCAACCCCAAGGCAGCGAGGAAAAACUUGGCGCUGCCUUUGAAAAUGAUGAUAAUGCGCACCAGCAGGGGCAUACAACUCGCGAUAGACAGUCCAAAGCCCCAGAGGGGGUGGCCAAUGAACAGAUAAGCCAAGUUUCAAGAUCCGCGAAAAUCAAUCGAACGCGGAUGAUGCCUAUCAUCGAUGACGGUUUCUCAAAAGAAGACCAUGAUGAUGCUCCCAAGCCGUCUAUACCGGAUUCUCGGUCUCCAUCCCCGAGCAGAAAAGAUGAUAGGCCAACAACUAGUGGCUCUACCACUAAGCAACCCGAUCUAAACCACUCAGAAACCGUACCAUCUGCGUUGGACACCGCACUGAAGGGCCUCCUACAGCAAGCCCAAGCUGCCAAAUCCCGCAAGUCAAAGGAGGACCCAGCCACGACCGAAGAAGGUAGCUUCCCACUCCGACGAAAGCGCAAACCUCUCUUGGGUCGCGCCCCAUCACACUCCUCCUCUAAAGUCGACAACCAAGCUGCACCAUCCAGAGCCAGCUCCAUUGACACCCUCAACGACGAUGGCCUCGGCCCCUCCCUCGAGAGCGCCGGUCCAACACGAGCCAACUCCAUCUCCCGUCCACCCAGCCGCGUCAACAACGAUGAGAGCCUAUCCUCAAUGUUCAGCGGUGCAGGCGGGAAAUUUGACUUCUUAGCCGAUAAACAAGCUAAUCUCAACGAGAACGGGGAAGAUGAGGAGAACACCGAGCCCCAGAUGACACAGCUAGACUACGAAGAUGCCGAUGCAGCAGCUAUGAGAGCGGAAUUCUUGCGUGAUGCGGGCAAGGUAGCUCGAAAGCCUAAUCAGGCUGAUCCAGGUUUGUUACUGGGAGAGGUCAAAGAAUUGGAGGAUUUUGGAUGGGGGUCUGGACGGAGGACAAGGAAACAUCUUAGAGAUGAUGAUUGA